UUCCUUGCACGUGCUGUUGUGGAUGACAUCCUUCCACCAGCUUUCCUUCCUAGGGCAAGAAAGACACUUCCAGAAUCUUCCAAAGGUUUCCAGGUUAUCCAAACUGCGGGAAAAAGCUAUCUGUCUGCUCCACACCAUGCGGAACUGGUGGAAAGGAGAUGGGGUGGUUCAACUCGGACCACUGUUGAGGAAGUCAAGAAAAAGAUUGCUGAACUUUUGAGGGAAUACGUGGACAAUAAAGACACUUACGAGGCUUGCCGCUGCAUUAGAGAGUUGGGUGUGUCUUUUUUCCAUCAUGAAGUUGUGAAGAAGGCUUUGAUUACUGCCAUGGAGAUCCCUACAGCUGAACCACUUAUAUUUAAGCUGUUGAAGGAGGCAGCUAAAGAAAAUCUGGUAAGUUCUAGUCAAAUGGUGAAGGGGUUUUCUAGGCUAGGAGAAAGCCUUGACGAUCUUGCUCUCGACAUUCCAUCUGCCAAAACCCUAUUUGGUUCGAUUGUGUCAAAUGCUGUCUCCGAAGGUUGGCUUGAUGCUUCGUUCAAUGAUCCCUCUGGUGAAGAAGGGCAAGUGCAGAUUGAGAAUGAGAAACUGAAGCGUUACAAGGAAGAGGUUGUGACCAUGAUUCAUGAGUAUUUCCUCUCUGAUGACAUUCCUGAACUCGUUCGUAAUCUUGAGGAUUUAGAGGCACCUGAGUACAACCCGGUUUUUCUCAAGAAGCUGAUAACACUCGCCAUGGACAGGAAGAACCGUGAGAAGGAAAUGGCAUCUGUUCUCCUCUCAUCUCUUCACAUUGAGAUUUUCUCAACAGAAGACAUCGUAAAUGGUUUUGUCAUGCUCCUGGAGUCUGCGGAAGACACGGCUCUGGACAUUCUCGAUGCUUCCAAUGAACUUGCUCUGUUCUUGGCAAGAGCUGUGAUCGAUGAUGUUUUAGCACCCUUGAACCUUGAAGAAAUCUCUAGCAGAUUACGACCCAACUCCUCUGGAACCGAGACAGUGAAGAUGGCCCGGUCGCUUAUCUUUGCCCGUCAUGCGGGAGAGAGGCUUCUACGAUGCUGGGGUGGUGGCACGGGGUGGGCAGUGGAAGAUGCAAAGGACAAGAUAUGGAAGCUUCUGGAAGAGUACGAGAGUUCUGGCGUAGUCUCGGAGGCCUGCCAGUGCAUUCGCGAGCUGGGUUUGCCGUUCUUCAACCACGAGGUGGUCAAGAAGGCACUUGUCAUGGCCAUGGAGAAGAAGAAUGACCGGAUGCUGGAUCUUCUCCAGGAGAGCUUCAGCGAGGGCCUCAUCACGACGAACCAGAUGACCAAAGGAUUCACCCGGGUGAAAGAUGCCCUUGAUGAUCUGGCUCUCGAUAUCCCGAACGCAGAGGAGAAAUUCAGUGUCUAUGUGGGUCACGGCCAAAAGAACGGAUGGCUCUCAUCCUCGUUUGUACCUUCUUCCCUAACUUGAGGGCUCAGCUCUUGUGUCACCGAGCUCCCUAUCCAUGGCCGCUUCACCGUCCAGGGUUCUGCCUUUUUU